CUGAGACCGAGAGAAAUACAGUCGUCGUUUUUACGCUCCCGUAUUCUCAUCUCAAGUGAGAUCGAGAGACUCAGAUCUGUAAAAGGGAAAACAAGGAAGGGAUCCCACAGAUCUUUAAGAAGCUAAUUGAACAAGAAGGAAGAACAAUAAGGGAAUAUGUUACCAACGGUGAGCAAAACGCGUUCGUCGCCCUCCACAUCUCGGCCGAACUCCAAGUUCCCUCAGUACCUCCGUCGAAUUGUCAAGUGGCAACAAAUGGAUAUUGAAUAUACAUUCUGGCAAAUGCUUCACCUAUGUACUGCACCAAAGGUCGUCUAUCAGCACACAAAAUAUCACAAGCAAACCAAAAAUCAGUGGGCACGUGACGACCCUGCUUUUGUUGUAAUCUGUAGCCUUCUUUUGACUGUUGCAACAGUAGCCUAUUGUGCUGCGUAUGAUCACAGUGCUGCACAUGCUGUUUUUGUAGUUAUUUCGGUAUUGCUUUUCCAUUUUUUACUAACUGGAGUAAUUCUGGCUACAUGUUGUUGGUAAGAGGCAGUAUCUAUUUGUUUUCAGACGGGAGUUAGUACCUCUUAAACACAAUAUCUUAGUUGUUAGCUCCAAAUUGGCGUGUAGCGUACAUACUGAUAAUAUCUAUUUGUUAUAUUGGAAAGCUGCAUAAGUUAGUGCCUGUCAUUCUUUCUGAAGGCUCAGUUGCUUUUGGAAAUAGGCAUCA